GUGUGGCUGUGCUUUUCCUUUCCUUCUUCCCUAUGUCGCAGACUGGCAUCGAUUUUGCGACUGCUGUCAAGCAAGAGGCUGCCUAUCUUCGUCUCGUGCAUCCAACAUCAAAUGAUACUCCCUCAUGCUUCAGGUUAAUGGAGCUCGCAAUGGGCUGCCAUGGUAUUCGUUCCCAGGUGAAAUCUUGGUACCGGCACGGCGAAUCCGCACGAUGCGCGCACAAGCACGAUGACUUCAAGUUCUGCCUGAGCAUGAAAUGGAUGGAGAGCGACCAGCGGUACGAUGCAUGGAUUAAUAGACGGGCAGAAUGGUGGGCGAAGAGAAGGUUGGAUAAGAGCAGUGAGGAUGUAUGGGCCAUGCGAACGGAGCCUCGAACGUCGUUCCCCCGGCCGGUGACGGAUGAAGAGAUACGACAAGUAUUAGAAAAUACGGAAGAAACACUGAUGUAAUUAGCUAGACUUCUACAUUUAUUCGCUCGACUUCCUCGCUCAAGCUUGGCUUCUGCUUCUAUGAUUCUGUCUUUAUGACACAUUUUUACGCUUCCCCGGCUAUACAUGAAGCAGGACUCGUCAAGGAUAUUAGCGGUUGAGGAUGGUCAUGAAUCAAAUGAUCACGUUGUUGGUCAAACCUGUCAAUACCGAC